UUGGUACCACUAUUCCAUGUGUUUUCGGCGCGUCCUGUGCAACACAACCUCAAAAUUUCACGAAGCUGUUAACAAGUUUAACAAUUGUUAAACGAUGUUUAUAGUGGCUGAAAUGAAAAAUGUGACCCGAAUACCCCCCGAACUGUUCAACUUGAAACUAAACGACGCCAUAGCCGGAGAAUUAAACAAAAAACUAGCAAACAAGGUAGUCCUCAACGUUGGUUUGUGUAUAGCUUUAUACGACAUUACCAGUCUCCAAGAAUCGUUUAUAUUUCCCGGUGAUGGGGCUUCACACACUAGAGUCAGCUUCAGGUACAUCGUUUUUCGCCCCUUUAUUGAGGAGAUUCUCGUGGGGAAAAUCAGGAGUUGCAGUCAGGAAGGGGUUCACGUGACUCUUGGUUUCUUUGACGAUAUUUUGAUCCCUCCCAGUGCCCUUCAGCACCCUUCAAAGUUUAACGAAACUGAACAAGCAUGGGUGUGGGAGUAUGACACAGGAGACGGGUGCAAACAUGACCUUUUCAUGGAUGCUGGUGAAACGAUCAAAUUUCGCGUAACUGCGGAGUUUUUUAAUGAGACUUGCCCCACUGGUAGUUUACAAGAAACACAAGACAAGUCCGAAAAUAAAGUGCCGUAUAGUUUAACUGGGAGCAUAAAUGAGCCAGGUUUGGGAUUGUUGUCUUGGUGGGAUAAUUAAGGUGUAUGUAACCCUGGACUAACCUGCAGAUGGUCAAGCAGCGACUCGAGUCCCCGAUCGGUGAUGCUCGAACACCUCAAACUCAACGUAUGUAUAUGUUUCGAAGCUAACGGAAACGAAUUAAUAAGAUCGAGCGCAUCUUCAUCGGAAGCCCCCAUCAGACACAAAUUAUGAAACCCCCUCCUCAGCAGCGACGAGUACAACCUGGAGCGCUCGUUCCCUUGCGCCGCCCUCAUCUCCCGGCACUGCAGCACGGGCACCAGCCCCGUCCAAAACCUCGGCGACCUGUACAACACGUCCCUCCACCUAGUGCACACCUGCGCCAGCACGCACCGCUCGCACGGACUGAAAUACAGGAAAAACCUGGCGAGGAACUUGUCGUCGACCACCAGCUGCUCCCAGGGCAUGUAGGUCGGGGGCGGCCGGGGGCGGCGGCCCGGCUUGGGGCCCCCGCGGCCGGGCAACAGCCGCGAGGGCUUCUCGGGGGCGGCCACGGCCGCCGCGCUCCCGCCGCCGCCGCCGC